AUGAAAAGCCUAUUUCACAAUACUAAGCGCCUUAAAGAAGAACACAAACUAGAAUGUGUAGGACUCGAUGACAAUUCCCAUAACCCAGAAAAAGGCUGGGAAAUUCGAAAAGAGACACAAAACGUGAAAAUCUUAGACCCUGAAGGCCUACAACCGAUCUCAGAGGACAAAUUAAGAAUUGUGUGUACAUCUGAUACUCAUGAAAAGUUAAAUACAAUGAUCUCCAGACGUAUGAUUCCACCUGGAGAUGUUUUGAUACAUACUGGUGAUUUAACACAUGAAGGAUACCUGCAUGCUCUUCGUGAGUUUGACAAUGAAUUAGGUUUGUUAAGACAUCGGGUAAAGUUAGUCAUAGCUGGAAAUCAUGAUCAUUGUCUAGAUAGAUCUAUGAUACAGAGAUAUAAAGAUGAAGACUAUAUUCCAUAUUUGGGUAUGGUGAAAUCAGAUGUUCAGGGCUAUGUUCAAAGACAAACUAGAUUAGAUCUGAAAGCGACAGAUGUAAAAUCUAUCUUGAGAAAUUGUGUGUAUUUAGAGGAUAGCAUGGUUGGUGUUUGUGGGGUUAAAAUAUAUGGCACACCUUGGAUGGAAAAGUAUACCAAAUGUGUUGCUUUUUCCGUGAAUCGGGGAGAAGCAUUGUUAAAGAAAUGGAAUAGUAUACCAGAUAAUGUUGAUAUUUUAAUGACACAUACUCCACCUUUAGGUUAUGGUGAUAAGACCCAUAGUGGUCAUCAUGUUGGUUGUGUUGAUCUAUUGAACACAAUACAACGAAGAGUACAACCUCAGUAUCAUAUUUAUGGUCACAUACACGAAGGAUAUGGUAUUAGAAGUGAUGGAACCACGACAUUUAUUAAUUGUGCAGCUUGUUCAAGACAUUAUAGACCCGAUAAUUUGCCAGUUGUAUUUGAUUAUCCUAUACCAAAAAGAUACAGAAAAUCAGAUCAAAAUUGGGUGAAAAUAAUCAAAGAAAUAGGGCCGCCACCUAUUCAGGUUUGA